AUGAGUUGUGAUUGUGUUCAUUUAAGAUCUGAAUUAGAAAAUAUAAGAAAUAAAUAAUCUAUUUUACUUAAAGACCAUUAAAUGUAAUUAGAAUUGAUAAGAACAAAAACAAAAGAAUAAUAUGAAAGUCUAUUGGAGACACAAAAAUAAGGAUUUAUUGGAGUGUAGAAAAUAAAUGAAUAGGAAAUUAACAAAUUAAAAGAAAUAAUUGCAAUAAAAAAUGCUGAAAUAGAAACACUAAUUCAGACUAACUCAAAAUAUCGAGCUCAGUUAAAUCAGGAAGAAUAAAUUAGCAACUUAAAGAUUUAAAAUCUCAAGAAGGAAUCUCAAGACAUUCUAUCAUUGAUUAAUAAAUACUAAGAAGAAAUUAAUUAAUUAAAGUAAGAGCAGCCUUAAAGAGAAGAUUUACUAAAUGAAUAACAUUAAUUACGUAUAGAAGAAAUUUAGAACUAUUAUACAAAAUUAUUAAAGCAACAUGGAAAAGAAAAAUAAGAAGUGCUUAUUAAAAUUGAUGAAUUAGUUCAAAAAGAAAAAAAGCUUAACGAAUAAAUAAAUAAUCAACUUUCAUAAAUUUAAUUGUUAAAAUUAGAAAUAUUAGAUAAAACCUCAAUACUUGAUUAAAAUGAGAAGGAUAUAUAAAAAUUAAAGGUAGAAUUAUUGAAAUUAUAAAAUUCAUAAGAGCAAAAUCUUAAUGAGAAUUAACUGUAAUAAAAAUCUCUUCAAAAUAAUUAUGAUGUUAUUGUUUAGGAAUAUGAAAAUGAAUUAGAAAAUCAAAAAUGCCAAAUAUUAUAGCUUCGCAGUUCUAUUGAAUAAGUAUUCAAAUAUUUAUUAAGUUUAGCUUACAAUAAAGUACAAUGAACUAAAGGAAGAAACUUACAAGUAAAAUUUAAUAAUUUAAUCUUAAAAUAAUACUAUAAGAGAAUAAGAAGCACUAUUAGAUAAAUUAGAAAUACAUUCCUAAACUAAUAAUAUGUAAUUCAGUCAAAUGAUGGAAAAUUAAAAGAAGAGAUUAGAAUAGGCCUACUCUUAUUAAUUGGAGAACCUGAAAAAAUCAUUUUAAACAUAAGUAUAUAUUCUAAAUAUAUAUUAGAUUAUUUUGUUAUAGUAAUAACAAGCUGAUGAAAGCUUAAUGGGAAGAUAAAAGUUGAUUAGAAGAAGUAUUGCUGAUCUCUGA